ACGUAACAGAACGACAUAACUGUUCCUAGCAUGCAUCGUGUCGAGUCGAAUGGUUUGCGCGAUUUGCAGCCGAAGUCAUUUGUGGUUUAGUGUUCACCGCAUAAACAAUACACGAUCUACACAAAGUAUUCAAUUCACCAUUUUUCCCGUUUCGUGAUGGAUGACAAACUCCUCAAAGCUCGUAAAGCGCGAAUAAGAUCUAUUAUUCGUUCGGCAUUCAAAUUUCUCUAUCCGCUCAGAUAUUUGCUAUUGAUCGCUGCCACUGUGUUAUUAGUUUUAUUGCUUCGUCAUAGAAAGCAGCAAAUUUUGUUUGGGCAUUUUGAGGAGCAUUUUGCUGAUGUGACACACAAAAGUCGCGAGUUUAAGAAAAUUGAUUACCACAACUACGAGCAAAUUCAGAACGAUUUGAAUCGUGUUGGCCCAGGUGAGCAAGGCAAGCCGGCUACUCUCAGCCCAGAAGAAGCCACUAGCGAACUUCGGAAAGAGCUAUACUACAAGAAUGGCUUUAACGCUCUACUCAGCGAUAAGAUCAGCAUUAAUCGUUCGAUAGCCGAUUUAAGACAUCCGAGCUGUAAAUUGAAAUCUUACCGGAGUCACCUUCCAAUCGCCAGUGUUGUGGUGCCUUUCUAUGAAGAACACUGGAGUACCUUACUUAGAACUAUAUACAGCGUGCUUAACAGAUCGCCGCCCCAUCUACUGAAGGAAAUUAUUAUCGUGGACGAUGGUAGCACGAAGGAGUUCCUGCACAACAAACUCGAAGAUUACGUUAAGCAAAACCUACCAAAGGUGAAGCUUGUUCGGCAGCCCGAACGUACCGGUUUGAUCAAGGCACGGCUUGCCGGGGCAAAGAUUGCUUCUGGCGAUGUGCUUAUCUUUCUCGACUCUCACACCGAAGCUGGAUACAAUUGGUUGCCCCCGCUGUUAGAACCAAUUGCUGAAAACCCCAAAACAUGCGUCUGCCCGUUGAUCGACGUCAUCGAUGACCAAACGUUCGACGUGCAUCCUCAGGAUGAAGGAGGCCGGGGACUAUUUGACUGGACGUUUCAUUAUAAGCGCGUUGUGAUCAAGAACGAAGACAGAAUCUCACCGACGGAACCAUUCCCAAGCCCCGUCAUGGCUGGUGGGCUGUUCGCGAUUGGAGCUGAUUUCUUCUGGGAACUUGGUGGUUACGAUGAGGAACUUGACAUCUGGGGUGCGGAGCAGUAUGAGAUUAGUUUUAAAAUAUGGCAGUGUGGUGGCCGUAUGCUUGAUGCGCCCUGUUCUCGUUUCGGUCAUAUCUACAGAACGUAUAGCCCAUUUCCAAACUCUAGAAAAUACGAUUUUAUCACAAGAAAUCACAAGCGGGUCGCUGAAAUAUGGAUGGAUGAAUACAAGCAAUACAUUUACGAUCGUGGUCCAGAACGCUAUGCUAAAACAGAUGCCGGAGACAUGAGCAAGAUGAAAACGAUUCGGGAAAAGCUUAUGUGCAAACCCUUCAAAUGGUUUCUGCAGGAAGUGGCCCCAGAAAUCAUUGAGCUGUAUCCUCCUGUUGAACCGGAACCAUAUGCUUCUGGGUCCAUCCAAAGUGUGGCGGACUCUAGCCUGUGCAUCGACACGAUGCAAAGAGGUCGUGGUGAGCCUAUUGGAUUGUAUUCUUGUUCCAAUAGCUUGAUUGAACCUACCAAUCAUAAUCAGUAUUUUGUACAUAGCUGGCAUCGUGAUAUUCAGCAUAAAUAUGGUGAAGGCUGCUUCGACGUACCACAAAGUAAACCAGGUUCGCCGGUAACCAUUUUUACGUGUCAUCGCAUUAACUACUCAAAACAAUUGCCACAGACAAGUAUUAUAGUACCAUUUUUCGACGAACAUUGGUCCACACUACUGCGUACCGUGUACAGUGUCUUACGCCAGACACCACCAGUUUUGCUUAAAGAAAUUAUUCUUGUUGACGAUGGUAGUACGAAACCUUUUCUCAAACAGCCUCUGGACGAUUACAUUGCAAAACACCUUCAUUCCUUGGUUCGCGUCAUUCAUCUGCCGCAACGCAACGGACUCAUCACAGCGCGACUAUCGGGAGCAAAAGUGGCCAAAGGAGAAGUGUUGCUGUUCCUGGAUUCACAUGUCGAAGUCGGUAUCAACUGGCUACCACCGUUACUUGAACCUAUCGCUGGAAGCUAUCGAACCUGCGUAUGUCCCUUCAUAGAUGUUAUUAAAGACGAUACAUUUGAGUUCAUAGCACAGGACGAAGGAGCCCGCGGUGCGUUCGACUGGAACAUGUUGUACAAACGAUUGCCGUUACGGCCGGAAGAUAAGAAAGAUCCAACCCAACCAUUCCCAAGCCCUGUUAUGGCCGGGGGGCUCUUUGCAAUCAGUGCACGAUUUUUCUGGGAGUUAGGAGGGUAUGAUGACAUGCUCGAAAUAUGGGGUGCCGAACAGUAUGAGCUAAGCUUUAAGAUUUGGAUGUGCGGUGGUCGCAUGGUGGAUGCCCCUUGCUCCAGAGUCGGGCAUAUUUAUCGCAGCUAUUCGCCGUUUCCUAGCGCGAAAACGUACGAUUUUGUGGCUAAAAAUCAUAAACGAGUCGCCGAAGUAUGGAUGGAUGAAUAUAAACAAUAUGUGUAUGCUAAAAAUCCUAUCCGGUAUGCCAUAGAUGCAGGAGAUCUCUCAAAGAUGAAACAAUUGCGCAGAAAGCUGCAUUGUAAGCCUUUUCGGUGGUUCAUGCAGGAAGUCGUUCCUGAUUUGGUUGAUCACUACCCUCCAGUAGAACCGGACGAUUUCGCCUCCGGUGCUAUACAAAAUGUAGCUUUUAUGAACCUUUGCGUUGAGGAAAGUAAUAGUUUAAACAGUGUCAAUUUAGCAUUAUGUGUCAAAAAUAAGACAAUGCCAGAGCGAACUGAACAGCACUUUCGAUUCACGUGGCGCCGUGACAUCAAAGCCAUGGGAUCGUCGAACUGUGUUGAUGCUUCUAAUCAUUCAGUUGGCGCCGAAUUGCAGUUAUUUCAAUGCCAUAAUCUCCAAGGCAAUCAAUUAUUUCAGUAUGACGUGGACACACGACAAAUCUAUGUUGGAAAAGACAAAAGCUUUUGUUUUGAUGCCGAUGGGAUGAAUGGCAAGCUUAUUCUUAAUCGCUGCAACCGUAAACAAGAAUCUCAACGAUGGCGUAUGGGUCAAAUGAACGUAGAACGUCUUAGAAACUGGGCAAAGUAUGGUGCCAAAUUUCAAGUUUAAAAUCCUUUAUUUCCCCCUUGA